AUGAAAAUGCUCGAAGAACUGACUAAAAGGACCGAGUCAGGAGAAAAGAUGUUAGAAGACAACGAUAAAAAGGUGGAAACUUACAACUCCCGAGUAGACCAGAUACCGGGAGCACCUCCAGUUUUGAAGGGCCUAGAUGCCAAAAAAUUCAUACAAAAACCUUUUCCCUCGAGUGCGGCUCCGAUGCCCAUUCCUAAGAAGUUCCACAUGCCCGAUAUACCGAAGUACAAUGGAACAACUGACCCUAAUGAACAUAUUACUUCUUACACUUGUGAAAUUAAAGGAAAUGACUUGAAUGAUGAUGAAAUCGAGUCAGUAUUGUUAAAAAAGUUUGGAGAAACACUAUCAAAGGGAGAUAUGAUCUUGUAUCAUAACUUUGCUCAUAACUCCAUUGAUUCAUUUGCUAUGUUAGCGGAUGUAUUCGUAAAAGCCCAUGUCGGGGCCAUAAAAGUGGCCAUAAGAAAAUCAGAUGUAUUCAAGAUUAAACAAAGGGACGACGAAAUACUAAGGGAGUUCGUGUCCCGGUUUCAGAUGGAAAGGAUGGAAUUACCCCCGAUCUCCAAUGACUGGGCAGUUCAGGACUUUAUGCAAGGUUUGAAUGAAAGAAGCUCGAUAGCAUCUCGACAGCUAAAGCAGAACUUGAUCGAGUAUCCAGCUGUGACAUGGUCGGAUGUGCACAUCGUCAAGCCCCCGAGAGACACAGAUUGGGGAUCAAGAUUCUACAAGGAAAGAUAUCAACCGUACGUCGAAGAUAGAAGGAAUAUUUCAAGGCGUAAUGUACCUCAGAAUAAUCGAAGAGUAGAUCGAGGCCAGAGCUCUAGGGGAUUCGUGGGCAAAAUCGGGUCCGACAGGCGCUCAGGACAAGUGGAAGCUCCCAAGUUACCAGAAUACAACUUCAGUGUCGAUGCCUCUAAUAUCGUCUCAGCCAUUGGCAAAAUUAAAGAUACUAGAUGGCCCAAGCCCAUAUAG